AUGAGUUGCCAAUCUUUUACUUCAGCUGAUACUUUUAUACCUCUGAAUUCUGACGCUUCUGCAACUCUGCCUCUGAUAAUGCAUCACAGUGCCGCCGAGUGUCUACCAGUCUCCAACCAUGCCACCAAUGUGAUGUCUACAGUCUUGCCUAUUUUGUCUUUGAUUCAAACUCCUAAAUGUUUGCACACACAUUCUUCGGUGAAAAUGUUGGGAAACGCAGCAACGGGACUUCAUUAUUCUGUUCCUUCCUGUCAUUAUGGAAAUCAGCCAUCAACCUAUGGAGUGAUGGCAGGUAGUUUAACCCCUUGUCUUUAUAAAUUUCCUGACCACACCUUGAGUCAUGGAUUUCCUCCCAUACACCAGCCUCUCCUGGCAGAGGACCCCACAGCUGCUGAUUUCAAGCAGGAACUCAGGCGGAAAAGUAAAUUGGUUGAAGAGCCAAUAGAUAUGGAUUCUCCAGAAAUCCGAGAACUUGAAAAGUUUGCCAAUGAAUUUAAAGUGAGAAGAAUUAAGUUAGGUAUGUGCUUAUUAAGAGCAAUGGGUAUUGCUGCCAAAGAUGCUCUGGAGAGACACUUUGGAGAACAGAAUAAACCUUCCUCUCAAGAGAUCAUGCGGAUGGCUGAAGAACUGAAUCUUGAAAAAGAAGUAGUAAGAGUUUGGUUUUGCAACCGAAGGCAGAGAGAAAAACGUGUGAAAACAAGUCUGAAUCAGAGUUUAUUUUCUAUUUCUAAAGAGCAUCUUGAAUGCAGAUAAAAUUUGUUACUGUGCAAUCAUCGUUUUUUUCCUACUUUUCAUUCCUUUCCAUUCCUCAACAAAAAUAGACAUUAGUUACUU